AAACAAGGGCACGGCCUUUGUUACUGAUGAUAACUGAUGAGCAUCAUCUUCGAGUCAGUUGCUGUUUCAUUACGUAUACACCAAUAUUUCUUCUGCUACCUUUACUAGCAUAAAUAACAGUAGAACAAGGAGAAGAAAAAAGCAAUCAUGUAUACCAGACUCUGCAACAACAUUCAAUUCUCGCUUGUCAAAACAGCCCCCGUUCUGCUCAUCCCAUAUCCAUGGAUCUUUCCCCUCCAUCUCAUAAAGCAUUACCUAGCACUAAUACAUCUCCACUAACUACACUACCUAAGCUGUAUAUACCCCCUGCACUUUCACCCAUCAUCAUCAAUCAAUCACCCUCCAAAUCUUGACCCGAUCAGCAGAAACAAAAGAGGCGUCAGGCUGGUAUUUCUCUGGCAUCCAAUACACCACGGCAUGGCUUAUGCUGAAACAAGGAACCUCCAUCCCCUACCUAACCCACGGCGUUUCCCGGAGACCUCUAGUGAUCUGCCACCCCCCCUGUCUAUGUCCCCGAAUGCUAAAUGCGGGCAGCCACUUUAGGUUUUCUAGUUGACCGAGGGCCUAGUUCCCCUUCCCUAGAGGUAAGUACGGAGGACCUUUCAUCAUUUAUCAUGUUAACCUCGAGUAUCUCACAUUCGACCAAACAAUGACCACAUUCCCUCCACAACAAAUCGCUCGAUCUUAUACCGCUCAUUCUCACUCAUGACUCUGCUUCGCCGCAACCUAGCUAACCCUUGCCUAGACCUCCUCUCUAGGUACUUGCGAGUUGCCUCGUCCAUCUCAGCUGCUGUUGUCCUGUCCCUGCCCGCCGCACCCUUGCUAGCAUGACGCCUCACUUGUACUCGACAUAGACCACAAUUCAUAGUCAUUCCAUAAUACAAUAAUAUACGAUACCCGCUCCUCGAGUUCAAUUCAGCCCCCAUCCCAUCAAUCUCGACACUACCAGCCGUUUGACGCCGAAACAAGGCCCCAACCACAGCUUACCGCACUAUUUUGCCCUAGUCCAACACGAUCUGCAGCCCACUCCCACUGUUAAACGGACUGCCUGUCCCCUCGCCGUCGCUCUAAACUGGACCGCCCCCUCCCAUCCCUCCAUCGUCCAUCUUGCGGCGUCCAAAUCAGAGACAUUUCCGCCUCCUGUCUCUCUAUCAAAAGCAAGCAAUCGCCAAUCUGCUGGACCGUCAGCGCGCCUCUAGCACGCGAGCGACUCAGAAUCCAAGUCAGAGCCAUAGCCCAAGUCUCUCUGGCCUCUUCAGCCCCCUUUUUGGAGCUUGCCCGUAUGCAGAAGCCGUCUGCUCUGCCUCGACUCGCUAGCACGGCCGUACUGUAGAAAAGCUUCGGCUUUCCCCUUCGCUCCGUCGCGGAGCUGGACCCUGGCCUCACGAUGCGCCACUCCGCUCUUAAUAAGUCUAAGAGCCGCCUACGAGACAACCCCCCGCCGGCCACAAAUACAACAGCCUCCAUUGCCGAUUCAUCUGUGAACGUUGUUGGGGCUCUCUUGCGGGAUGAGGGUCUCCAACCUGAGCAUCAUCAACUUGCGGACUCACUCACUACCAGCGACGCCUCUUAUAAUAGCUUCAACGCCCACGCUCAUUCACAACCUCAUGGUGGCCAGCAGCAAUAUAAUUCACCUCUCCUACCCAGCACAGAGGAAUCAUACAACAUCCCUGAAUUGACGGCCGAUUCGCCUAUGACAGAUGCGUUCCCCGUCGAAGACAAUACCAUCUCCGCUACCAAGACACCUACUUUCGCGAUAGUGACUGACGGCUCUUCUACUGCAAUCGCCACCGAGUUCUCAGACCAGAACAAUUACGACCAAUUCUCCUCUAACACCUACAUCGAGACCUAUAAAUCCGAGUCUGAACCCCCGGAGUCCGAGUCCGACCCAGAUCAAGAGCAUCAGGACGGUAUUGAUCUUGAUUUGGACACUUCCACCCACCCACCUUUCUUGGACGACUAUUGGACACCUCCCACAUAUCUCGACCUGGACUCUGACCACAUACCCCCUUACCACAACGUGGAUUAUGAUAUUGAUAUGAGCGACAGCGAAGGUGGCGCUCCUCUCGACGACGCAUUCGACGAACUUGAACACUUCACGGACGACCAAUCUAUUCUAUCUGAGGGUGACAAUGAUGAAUCAUCCCCUAUCAAUAACUCAACCAACUAUCUUUCGCAAGCCGCCUUCCAUCCGCCCACCAUAGUUGACAACGACCUAAUCAUGAAUGCUGUUCCGCCUCCUGCGCCAUGGGGUGCUGUCUUGACCGAAGACGCAGCUACGUUGGAGGAUAAUGCGCCUCCUUUGCCGGCAGGGCUCCUGGGCCUGCCACUACUUAGCAACCCCAACCCGACUAUGCUUGGGUCUGAAAAUCUGUGCCUGGUUGACUUUUUGAGACACUGGGCAUUCCAUGCUCGUUCUUCCUCCUGUCCAUCCGCCUCGCGGGUGAACGCACCCUGUCCAGAAGACAUUCGCCGUCAAGCAAAUACACACAUCCGCGAUGUUCAGUACAAGGACCUUCACGGCGAUGACUAUGACAUACAAGGCUUGGAUUGGGCAUCUAUGAACACUACCAGGGAGUAUGCGCGGCAAAUACGAUGUGCCACUUUCAGGAAUUAUGUCAACAAGCAAGGUUCAGACAGAUGGAGUCCUCACAUGGCUGACGUAGCUAUCCCCCCGACUCAAAACUUUAUGAGAUUCAAGAGAUUCCUUAUCCGCCAAGAUGUCUACCUAGCUCAUUUUCAACUACGGAGCGUCCUAGCAUGCCCCUCAAUAUCGCAGGUCUACUAUCCUGGCAGGAGAGGGAUCAACCGAAUCAACACUGUCACAGGAAAAGUAGAGCUCGUACUUGACAACAGUCAUAUACAUGGUCUGGGAGCUCUCAUCUCUGCCCUUGAUGCAAACCACGGAGCCAUGUUUGCAGGAACUUGCAAUGGCGAAUACUAUCUCAAAAGCCUGGAUUCUGAAGACAAGAGAGACUUUGCAGAAGGUUUCAUUACUUCAAAUAUGGGAGGUAUCACCAAUCAUGUCCAGAUCUACCAACCCCGACGAUCUUCUGGUCCUGUGGCUGCCAUUGCCAGUAACGACGAGGGAUUCCGCGUUCUAGACCUUUCUACACAGCAGUUCUUGAUGCAGAGCAGGUAUCGAUUCCCACUCAACUGUUCGCGUAUCUCACCUGAUGGCCGCUUGAGAGUCAUGGUCGGUGAUGACUUCAAGGUACUUAUUACCGACGCCGAUACCGGUGAGAUUCAACAGGAACUGUCCGGACACCGCGACUAUGGUUUUGCCUGCGAUUGGUCCGAUGAUGGUUGGACAGUAGCCACCGGUUUCCAGGACAAGGGCGUCAAGGUCUGGGAUGCUCGCCGUUGGUGUGACGCGCGGGGUGUCAGUACACCUCUGUGCACUAUCAGAUCCGAUAUGGCUGGUGUGAGAAAUCUGCGCUUCUCUCCCGUCGGCAGUGGCGAGAGAGUACUCGUUGCUGCCGAGGACGCUGACAUUGUCAACAUCAUUAAUGCUCAGACUUUUGGCAAGAAGCAGACAGUCGAUUUCUUCGGUGAGAUCGGCGGCGUUGCAUUUACCAACGGCGGACAUGAACUCAAUGUCUUGGCGAGUGACCGUCAUCGUGGCGGCCUUCUCCAGCUUGAACGAUGUGGCCGUACCGCUGAGCCCUAUUUCUCUAGUUCCUGGCAACGUUAUCUCGAUGCUGACACUGAUGAAUGGCGCUAUCAAGCCGAUGAGACUACACGCCGCGGUGAAUGCUAUCGUCGAGUUCCAGUUUCGAGGGAUGCCUUGCCGAUCUUCUAAAACAUUUCUCGAUGGCUUACGUUCGAAUCAGAUACACAAAGCAUCUUCGUUUGAUUCACAAAUUAUCUUUAUACUUGCUUGACCUCGCUGGUCACUCUCCUUCAUUCGAAGCAUCUUUCUCCUUAGCAUUAUACCCCUUUUGUUUUGGCUUAUCAUAUUAUGAUCUGUUGAGAAAUUACCAUUAGCCAUUCACAACACGUCACUUCUAUAUAGGCGGCGAUGGUUUAUUUGAGGGCACAAACUACACAGACCCUCACUACAGAGCUAUUCAUCAUGGGUUUCGUUCAUCAUUUUCUUAUUUUAUCACCGACAUCAUUAUCCUGGGGGCUCAGGGCUGAGCCCGGUCACUUUGUUUGGGAGACUAUAGAUAUCAGGACAUGGGCGACGGGAUCUUCAUUUUUGGGACAAAUGAGUGAAGUAUAAGUCAGCUGUAUAUCUAUGUAGUUUGCAAAGAUGAUAUUGAAUGACUACCUACCCGAUAUGGACAUCACUAUUUGCAUGUUCUCUAUUCCCUUGAUGGUUACACACCGCAUCUAUUUCAGUUACAAUAUCAGUUAACGUACAAGGCAUGUUCCACAUGCUCAGUCAGAUCUGAGACAUACAUGAAUUUCGUAAAGCAUCGGUGAUUACCGAUACAGGUACA